GUUACAAUCCUGAAGUUGGCCUUCAAAACCUAACGGAAUCCAUUUAUGCUCUAGUGCACGAACUUCUGUGAACAAUUUCCAAAUCUAUUGAUCCGCUUCAUGUAAAGACAUCCUUGUCAGAACUUUUUCCAUUUUUCUCUAAGUCUUCCCAGGAGGCGCGCAGUGCUCUAAAAUCUCAUUAUUUUGAGUCGGGUGUGCUUGGGUGUGAAAUGGUCGUCUACUCUACCUAUCAGCUGAUCGAGAGACUGCGUGUUUGGGGCCCUUUCCGAUGCGAAAAGGUACAUAGUUUACGAUGUCCACAUCAACGCUGAUGUCCAUAGCAGAAGAAGUAGUAGGAUAAGGGCGAUUGAAGGUGGUCGGUGGUCGGCGGAACCCCGUUUACUGAGGUAGGUGUUCACGCAAGGUGAUUCAGCUGAGCCUGAAUACAUCCCUCAUACAGUGAAUGUGCCUAAACCAGAGUCCAACGGCUGGUUCAACAAAUCGUUUGGGCACAGGGUGAUGUCGCAGCGCAAUGGCAGUCGGUCUUUCUGGACGCUGGCAAAUCAGAUUGAAAAGAACAUCUCACAGAUACCGUCGAUUCAAAGGGUUCCUCACACUAUGCGGGAAGCAACAUACAAGCAUAAGACCGUAAGACAUGUGCUCUUGUUUCCCGACAUCAUAAAAGCUUCUGGUCCGGAUUUGAUUCCUGUCGUUCUAUUGAAGAGGUGUGCAGCAGAGCUUGCUCCAAUACCUUACGAAUCCGGCACCUUCCCAGAAAACCGUAAAUUUCUUCAUACCGACCCUUAUAACUACAGGCCUAUAGCUCUGCUUUCUUGCAUACAUCGCGAGCUUCUGGACUACCUAGAACCUCACGGCUUGAUUAGCGACAAGCAGUAUGGGAAACUCCUAGCUUACGUCAUACAGCUGGGGAGUAAACUCAUCCAGUCUCAUGGUGAGGCUCAUAGCGACAAGCCGAUCUCUGCCGUGGCAAUUGCUGGGAAAAAGCUAGGCUAUUUGUUUAGGGCUGAGAUAAGACCUAGCCUCGAAGCUGUCCGACUGAUCGACGACUUUUCUCUAACAGACCGGCGGGCUGUUAAUGACCUAGCUUUCUUCUACCAUUACACCAGCGGGCUUCGCUCCUCAGAGCUCUCCUCCAUGAUGCCACCGCACGUUCUGCCAGACACAUCCGCCUGA